GUCUCUUUCUCUCUCCCCUCUCUAGCAAUUACACCUCUUUUGCCCUCCAUUAAAUGCAAUUGCACCCUCUCUAUACGCUCUGCAAUUACUCUUCGCUGCCACAUUUUCCUCCAUCUGUUCCCCACUUCCCUCUCUCUCCCUCCUUCCUUCAAUGCCCUUGUCCCUAUCUCUUCAUCUUCUUCUUCUUCUUCCUCCUUCUUUCUCUCCCUAACAAACCAUCUUCUUCUUCUUUUUCUUCUCUUCAAAUGGCUCCUCACUUUUCUACUGCUUUUUAGUCCCUAAACAGAUCUACUACUACACCUUCUUCAUCUUCCACCACCCCUCACUGGUCACGUUUGCGGAUGUUUGAGUUUUGUAGUAACACACUGACUCGCUUUGACAUUGCCAUCUGACAGAAUCCGAGGACUCGUCGUUUUUAGCUUCUUCUUCUGUAUCCAAGGACCUCUGAAAACACAACCAACCCUUGUGGUAAGAGAGAGAAAGUGAUUGGAAUAUAUAGAGAGAGAAAAAGAGAAAAGAGAAGAGAGAGAGAGAGAGUCAAUUCAGAAUAUAAAUGUUGGUGGUGGUGGUGGUUUCUGAGGUGUGUGAAAAACACAAGGCGGUAUUAUGAUUCCAGCGAGAAACAUGCCGUCGAUGAUAGCUAGGAAGAACAAGAACAACCUUGGUGGGUUUGGAUCAUCUUCAACUUUCACUCUUGCGCAGAUUGAGAAAGCAUAAGCCUCUGGAACCUUGAAGAUCUGUAACAAUGUUCCAGCCGAACCUGAUGGAAGCCUUGGAGAUGGGUCAGAACACUUUAGAGAGUGAGGUCCCCCAAAUUCGUGAAGAUGAGUUCGAUAAUGCCACAAUUUCUAGUAGUGAAAACCAUGAAGGUGCCUCUGGUGAAGACCAAGACCCUCGUCCAAACAAGAAGAAGCGUUACCACCGCCACACCCAACACCAGAUCCAGGAGAUGGAAGCAUUCUUCAAGGAGUGUCCACACCCAGAUGAUAAACAAAGGAAAGAACUGAGCAGGGAAUUAGGGUUAGAACCAUUGCAGGUUAAGUUUUGGUUUCAGAACAAACGUACCCAGAUGAAGACACAACACGAGCGGCAUGAGAAUACACAACUUAGAACCGAGAACGAGAAGCUUCGAGCUGAUAACAUGAGGUAUAGGGAAGCUCUCAGCAAUGCUUCGUGUCCUAAUUGUGGUGGACCAACAGCAAUAGGAGAAAUGUCAUUUGAUGAACAUCACUUGAGGCUUGAGAAUGCAAGGCUUAGAGAAGAGAUUGAUAGGAUUUCAGCAAUUGCUGCUAAGUAUGUAGGGAAGCCUGUGGUGAAUUAUUCAAAUAUUUCUCCUUCCCUCCCUCCUCGUCCUCUAGAACUUGGGGUUGGUGCUGGUUUUGGAAGCCAACCAGCUAUUGGUGUGGACAUGUAUGGAGCUGGAGAUCUUCUGAGAUCAAUUAGUGGACCCACUGAAGCUGAUAAACCCAUCAUAAUAGAGCUAGCUGUUGCAGCUAUGGAGGAGCUCAUUGGAAUGGCACAAAUGGGUGAUCCCCUUUGGUUAACUACUCUUGAUGCCUCAUCUACUAUACUCAAUGAGGACGAAUACAUCAGAUCUUUCCCUCGAGGAAUUGGCCCAAAACCUUCUGGCUUCAAAUGUGAAGCUUCUCGAGAAACUGCUGUUGUUAUCAUGAACCAUGUCAGCCUCGUUGAGAUUCUCAUGGAUGUUAACCAAUGGUCCACAGUGUUCUCUGGUAUAGUCUCAAGAGCCAUGACUCUGGAAGUGCUAUCCACAGGAGUGGCUGGGAACUACAACGGUGCCUUACAAGUGAUGACAGCAGAAUUGCAACUACCUACCCCUCUUGUGCCAACUCGUGAGAGUUAUUUUGUAAGGUAUUGUAAGCAACAUUCGGAUGGAACUUGGGCAGUGGUGGAUGUGUCUCUGGAUAAUUUGCGCCCUAGUCCUUCAGCCAGAUGUAGGAGAAGACCUUCUGGUUGCUUAAUUCAGGAAAUGCCAAAUGGCUAUUCAAAGGUCACGUGGGUCGAGCAUGUUGAAGUGGAUGACAGAGGUGUUCAUAAUCUUUACAAACAGCUUGUUAGCUCUGGACAUGCAUUUGGUGCCAAACGUUGGGUUGCAACCUUGGAUAGACAGUGUGAAAGACUUGCCAGUGCUAUGGCAACAAAUAUUCCCACAGUUGAUGUUGGUGUGAUAACAAACCAAGAGGGGAGAAAGAGUAUGAUGAAACUGGCUGAAAGGAUGGUGAUAAGCUUUUGUGCUGGAGUGAGUGCUUCCACUGCUCACACAUGGACAACACUGUCUGGAACAGGUGCCGAUGAUGUAAGGGUGAUGACCCGAAAGAGUGUGGAUGAUCCUGGAAGACCUCCUGGCAUUGUUCUCAGUGCAGCCACUUCUUUUUGGCUUCCAGUUCCACCUAAACGAGUUUUUGACUUUCUCCGUGAUGAGAACUCUAGGAAUGAGUGGGACAUUCUUUCCAAUGGUGGAGUUGUGCAAGAAAUGGCACACAUUGCAAAUGGACGAGAUACUGGAAACUGUGUGUCUCUACUUCGAGUAAAUAGUGCAAAUUCAAGUCAGAGUAACAUGUUGAUACUGCAAGAGAGUUGCACCGAUUCAACAGGGUCUUUUGUGAUAUAUGCUCCAGUAGAUAUUGUUGCAAUGAAUGUAGUUCUAAACGGAGGAGAUCCAGAUUAUGUGGCACUUCUUCCUUCAGGGUUUGCAAUUCUCCCAGAUGGAACUAUAUCUCACGAAACUGGACCUGGUGGAUCUCUUUUAACUGUUGCGUUUCAAAUACUGGUUGAUUCGGUUCCAACUGCUAAGCUUUCUCUUGGAUCUGUUGCCACUGUCAACAAUCUCAUUGCAUGCACUGUUGAGAGAAUCAAAGCAUCUUUGUCUGGUGAAACUGCUUGAUGAGAGCUUCUACACUUUGGAUUGUGCAAUGUUGCAGGUUACAAGGAUGAGAGAGUGAAGAUGGUGUGUUGUGGAAAAUGAAAAGGUGGUGAGGAAUUUCGGCUGAAAGAUGGGGAGAAGUCAAGAGCGCACCUUGCAUGGUUCCUUCUCAGUACCCGAAAAGUGCUAUGAGAGGAUUAAGGUUCGGGAAUUGACUUCCCUAUAUAUAGUUAAGGUUAAGAGCUCGUAAUAUUAAGACCUUGCUACCCUACCAUUUACCAUUUCCAAGACUAAAAUAUGUAGCUAGAUAGCUAGGAUUAACCUUUUGAGUAACUAGGGUUUAUCUUUAAUGUAAACUCUUAUCUUCUUUUCAAUUCUGAUUUUGUGUGAUUUAGAAGUA